GACGAAUUGUCACUUUUAUUUUAGAAAAUGUAGAAAAUCUUUUAUCGCAUCUCAAGCAAACAAAUGAGCAAGUUUUGAAAAUGAUGGAAACUGGAAAGAAUUCACGAGAAUUAGAGUAUAUUAAAAUAUAUAGAGAAGAUGAAUAUAGGUUUUUGGAAUAUGCUGUGGAUGACUUUACAAGAAAACGUGAUUCUUUGCUAUCAGAAGUUGACAUGAUGGAAUAG